GGUGAUCUGAAUUAUCUUACCGUAAUACUUCACAAGCCUUGGUGUUUGACAAGUUGUUUCUUAAGGGUCACGAUUGUUGUUUUUAACACGUCAUCAAUUUUGGCAAGUCAUAAAUUUCUUAACAUUAGAGCAUCACUUUUCUUUAGCUCUUGAUCAAGAUGGUGCUUUUCAAGAAUUCUUCUUCUUCCACAAAAAGAUUCUUAGUAAUUGAUGAGAAGUAUCGUCGAACAAGCCUUCGCGUAUAUGAACCUGCCAUUGGUUCAUUUGCUAAGAAGCGGUCUUCCGAAAGCAUCAAGCAUUUGACUUCCUGGUCAUUGGAGACUUCUUAUGAACUUUAUGGUCAUGGUGGUUUGCCUCAAUCAGUUUUACAACUUCAAUCCUCCUUUCCACAUUCAACAACUUUUCUAGCUGAUCUGCCGUCAUUAGACUAUCGUAAACGUGAUGGAAAUGCUACUUGCAAGGAUUAUUUCCCAAUCUCCGAUGCACUUGAGUAUACUCCCAAGUAUUGGGAAUGGACAGAAGAUAUUUUGAAACAUUACGAGCCAAUCCUCGAGAGGGCACAUAUUCGAGACACUAUUUUUGCAUCCCUUUUUACAUAUGACUGGCAGAUGAAUGUUAUCCUUUCUUUCUAUAAUCAUUGGAAUCCUGCUACCAACACGCUAUCUACCCCGAAUGGAGAGGAGUCUAUAUCCCUUUGGGAGUUAAAAUCAUGUAGCGGUCUUCCUAUUUUUGGUACUUUUUAUGAUGAAGUCAUUCCUUCUGCUGAUGAACUUAAUGAAGCUGACAAGAAAGGAUAUUCUUUUCUUUCAAAGAGCUGCAAGUACCUAUUUAUCGCCUUUCAUAAAGAAUGUCAGACCAUUGAUGGUGACCAUGUAAUGACCCUUCAAGAUUGGGUAGAUUUCUGGUUUCGAGAUGAUUUGAGAUACAAGGUACCCUUUUCUGUGGGUAAGUCUGGCGGAUCCAAUAAGACUACCUAUCCAUCUGGCUCAAUUGAUAAGUCUCGCGUUCGUUCCAGCAAAUUCAUUCAUCCUUUUAAAGAGCUUAAUGUCCCUUCUCAUAUUCAAGAUGAAGUUUAUUUAGCGGCUUUUCUUUCAUGCUGGCUAUGCAAAUUUGUAUUUCCUAGCAAGGACGUUGGUUUCAUUCGUCCUAGUACUUUCAAAGUAGCAUCCAUGAUGGCGGUUGGAAGGCAAUUCUCUCUUGCGAUACCAGUUCUAGCAAGUAUCUUCAAAGGUCUAAAGGAAGUUCAAUCUGCAUUAAGUGUGACCGCACGAGACAUCCCUUUUCCUAUUCAUUUUCUCAGCAGUUGGCUUGCCGAAAAAUUUGGCACCCAUCAAACAGCCAUUAGUCCUGCCAAGUUAGUUGGGAUGACAAAAUAUGCCGGCGUGGGGUUGGCAAAGCAUUUCAAUGAAUCUCAAGCUAAUGCUCUUUUCAGAGAUCCUAAGAGAGUCAUAUUUCCUGCAUUACUUCCCUUGGCCAAAGUCGUGGUUUUGUGUGAUGAUGGCAACUUAUCAGUCCUCAAGAGUGACUACUUUAUGUGUAUUCGAUCCGGCUAUUUGACUCUUCGUUAUGAUGAUACUUUUAUUAUUGAGUCUUACUGUCCUGAUAGAUUCAGUCGACAAUUUGGGUUUUGCCAGCAUGUUCCCCGUGACUUUGAAGGGAGAACUGGAGUUCCAACCUUGGAGGAUGUAUCCCAACUUUGGCAUAGUUUUACCAAACUCAACACUCAUUCUCAGUGCAAGCUUCCGUUGCCCCCAAGUGAUAAACUUCCUUUGGUGACUAAACGUUACAUGGACUGGUGGACUCCGAAGUGGUCCAAAGUUUAUUCUCCAGAGGUAAAGAUCAUUCUCAAAAGUCCUGGUAAUGUUGCCGUAGUAUCUCGAGGGAUAAAAGAAAAGAAGAAUGACCCUCUCUUAACCAAAAAGAAACGAUCUUCUCCUACCCAUAAAAGAGAUAAGCGGACAGUUGAUGUUGAUUUAGGCAAGGAAGAUGGUACUCAAACAUCUGCCCACAUAAGGAGGACACCACUUGUGAUCCCUAGUGUGAAGAGAGUGAGUACUUCAAAAGAUCAUCUCAAUAAGAAAUCCUCUAACUCCUCAGAAGCAAAGGAAAGAAGUGCACAAUCCUUUUCUCCACAAUUGGAAAAAGAAGACAAUUUUGAAGCAAUCUUAAAUGUUGAGGAUAGUGAGCAUGAAAACAGUGAUCAUCAUUGGAAACGUUUAAAACGUACCAAGAAAGUGUUCAAUCCUUGCGGCUCGGGUUUUCUUCAUGGAGUCCCUAGUGCAUCAAUCAUGCCAGACAAUAUUGAUGAACUGCUUGGUCAACAAGACCUGGGGAAUGACUUUGAUAUGUAUAUUGGGCCAGAAAUGAGUGUUGCUUCUGUUGUUAGCCCUAACCCUUUCAAUAUUUUAGCUGCUGGGAUUGGAAACUCUCAUCCUUCAUUUAGUUCACCACAUGAGCAGCCUAAUCCACCUCCGCCGAUCUUUAAUAUAGUGACCAACUUGCAUAAUCUUGGACCUACUACUGCCUUUGAGCCUUCAGGAGUUACUAGGUAUUGUGCUGAUGACAUAAUAAGAGAGAUAAGAUCUGAAUUUGCUAUCAAGUGUUGGGAGAGCAUCAGAAAUAAGAUUGUUCGUACACCGAUCCAUUAUAUUCCUAACCUGGCUGGUGAAGUUGAGAAGAUCCUCCACUCCAUUGAAGAUAUAAAGGUUGAUUGCUCCUCUAUCAGAAGAAUGGUGACUGAGGUGAUUGAGGAUGCUAAAAAGUUUAUCCACUUAAAGGCUUCAUUAUCUCCUAUGAUGACAUCAGAGCAACGAGCCUUAGAUGUUGAAAAGCUUGAAGUGCAACUUAAAGAUUCAAAAGCUUUUGAAGACGAGGCAUCUAGAUCUAUUUCCACCACUCAUGCUGAGAUAACAAAAAUAGCGAAACAAUUAAUGGAGCUGCAGAGUAAGAAGACUGAGUUAGAGUCAUCUCUUAAGGCGUGUGAUGAAAAACUUUCUAAGAGGAAAAUCAUCACCUCCAGCAUUCGAGCAGAGAUCACCACACUAUCCUCUUCCCCUGUGAUAAGUGAAACUGAUGCAGCCAUUCUUCAAAAAUUGAAAGGAUUGUUGGAGACCAAACAAAAGGAGUUAGGAGGACAUAGCUGGAAACCGUAG